CUCAUCUCGACCUCAUUCUCUCACCAACACAAGGCAAAACCCAAAAUCUCAGAGACAGAGAGAGAAUGUUGAAGUUCUUGUCGCGAGUGAGGAUCGAGUUCAACGCGUUGGACCCACGCACGGCGUCGUGCAUGGAGUUCUUGGCGCAGUGCAACGCCACCAAGGCCAAGGAGUCCAAUCCCAACUGCGCCAUCCAAGUCAAGCGCCGCACCGACGACGAGCCCCCCAAGAUCACCGUCACCUUCGUCAACGGCAUCGAGGAGGUCUUCGACGCCACCGCCACGCCAGCCCAGAGCAUCAGGACCAUGAUUCUCGAUAAGGGUCAGAUGCUCGAGACCGAGCAGAUGUUCCGCGACGCCGGCGAGGCCUGGCCGGUUCUUAUUCCUGCCGAGGAGCUCACCCAACACGCGCCCGGUACCAAGCCAAGGAAAGCAGCAGAAAAGAAGCAGUAACGUCUAUGUUGUGUGAUCUGCAUCUUGGAGCAAUUUCGUGGUCAAUUCUGCUAGACAUCAGUUCAUGUGUCCUUCGGUAAAGGGAACAAGUAUAGGCGAUUCUGUGUUUUGAUCAGUUUUUGUUGUGGAAGCAUUUGCUAACAUGUGGUUGUUAAAAUCCUGGAGUAUGAAGUUGUUUUGACCUUUAAACAUUAUUUGUCAUGAAUCAUGAUGUAAGUUAAAGUUGGGAAGAAUCGAUAAACCAGAAAUAAACCACUCCGUUCUUACC